AUGGACGACCUCACCGCCGACCAGCUCAGCUUCUUCGACGCCACCUAUGACACCUGCUACGAUAAGAUGCUCCAGGAUUCUACCACCUGCAUUGAGUGGCAGAACCUUUUUGGCUCUGACUCCUUCCUCGGAUCGGACAUGACCGCCCGUGAGGCCCGCUACGACGGCUUGUCGAUGUGGCUCCCGCCCGCCUCAUCGAGCUCCUCCCUUGGCUACACUCCACGGUCGGUUGCUACUUACUUCAAGUGCGCCAUCUCUGACGACCCGGACAUUCCCGACGUCAUCUCGGUCGGCCAGAGCUCAUGUCGUGGCAUCCCGUACGGCGCAGAUGGCCGCCGCAACGUUCACAAUGAGCGACCUCAACAGGGAAACGCGAUGAAUGGAUUUAACAAAUUCUACCAGCAGCACAAGGAGCACUACGACGUGUCCUUUGCCACACCCAUCGCCUUCCCCAAGCCCAGGAAGGAGCCGAGAGCUGAAGAGCUCAUUUACCAACCAACUAUUAUCGAGUUCUCCGAGGCUCUCUUUUCAUUCUGGCUGGGAACCAUCGGCGGCAACAACAACCACAUGCGCCCACGCACCGCUCCUCAUGACCCCGCCGCCUACCCCUACCUUCCUGGCAACUGGAAGAACCCCCUGAGCGACCCUCCGGCAAGCCGCGGCAUCUCCAUCUCCCGUGCCACUCACGAGGAGGUCAAGGCCCAGAGGAAAAAGAUGCAACCAAUCUACUAUGCAAACAUCAUGGCGAACCUUCGCGCGGAACCCAUCCGCCUCGCCAACUACGCCAAGCGCUGGGCCAGGAACUGCGCCAGGAUGACCGCUCGCCCGCGAAUACCGCAUCAAGAUGGCGACAAGCUCCGCGCCGACCACCGCGCCCGCCAUGACAAGAACCGCCACGUGGUCCGCGCCCGCAACAACGAGUACCACGCCGAGAAUGCGGAGUACAUCAAGGGCCGCAAGCGUGCGCACCGCGCCGCUAACAAGGACAAGAUCAACCCGAAGGCUUGCAACGCGCCACCUGAGGUGAAGGCAAACAAGGCCGCUCAGGCUCGUGCCCGCAGGGCCAAGACGAACGAUGCUACUGCCGAGUCGGACUAG